GAUGGAUCCAUCAAUCGCUAGUAAAACUUCAAUAGAAGAGCCCAAAUGACGAGUUGAAAGGUGCAGGACAGUCUGUUGAUAAUUGCAGUGCGAAUAAACAGAGGGCACCGUUAGUGUUUUUUAGAUGGUGUGGUUGAACUCAGUAGAAUUCUCCAGUACAGACCGGAAUCGUUGGCUGGAGCGUUGUAACCUCUGGUUAAGGUGGAAUAGUAGCAAUCCACUGCUGGUGGUGAGCUUCUUCUAAUAAAGUGAAGUACAUUGUAGCAUUAGCGAUAUUGGGAAUCAGCAUGUUGCGCAGUGUCUCUUUACUCCUUCGGACAUCAGAUCUCAUCAGAAACCAUGUCAAACAGUCGAAGCGUACUGCUGCGCAUUUUACCUUUACACCUAACCAAACCGAGCCUCCAGUAAAAGGUGAGAUGGAGAAGUUAAAUAUGUUCCAGUCGAUUACCAGUGCUUUAGAUCUUGCUCUUGCAAAGGAUCCUACCGCAGUGGUUUUUGGUGAAGACGUUGCGUUUGGUGGUGUGUUUCGUUGCACGAUGGGACUUCAGAAAAAAUAUGGACCAGACCGUGUAUUUAAUACUCCGCUGUGUGAACAGGGAAUUGCGGGAUUUGGAAUUGGCCUCGCAAUAAGCGGCGCUACUGCGAUAGCCGAAAUGCAAUUUGCAGACUACAUCUUCCCAGCAUUUGAUCAGAUUGUUAACGAGGCGGCUAAGUUCCGUUACCGAACGGGUAACCAAUUUGACGUGGGCUCAUUAACCAUUCGCACACCUUGCGGCGCUGUAGGGCAUGGCGGUUUAUAUCAUUCACAAAUGGUAGAAGGAUACUUUGCGCAUUGUCCGGGACUUAAGCUUGUCAUACCUCGGGGUCCGACACAGGCAAAAGGACUGCUUUUGUCUUGCAUCCGGGAUCGGAAUCCGUGCAUAUUCUUCGAACCGAAAAUUCUCUAUCGAAUUGCCCAGGAAGACGUACCCAAAAACGACUUUAUGAUCCCUCUUUCACAAGCAGAAAUCGUUAGACCCGGUAAGGACAUUACUCUGGUAUCUUGGGGUACACAAGUUCAUGUGCUAAACGAGGUGUGCGAUUUGGCAAAACAACAGCUAGGAGCUGAGUGCGAGGUCAUCGACCUACAAACGAUCAUCCCAUGGGACAAAAAAACAGUUGUUGAUUCAGUAAAAAAGACAGGCCGUCUUGUUGUGUCACACGAGGCAACCCUAACUGCAGGGUUUGGUGCAGAGAUUGCCGCUUCUAUUCAACAAGAGUGCUUCCUUUAUCUCGAGGCCCCGGUGGCCAGAGUGGCCGGUUAUGAUACUCCGUUCCCGCAUGUAUUUGAGCCGUUUUACCUGCCAACGAAAUGGAAGGUGCUUGAAGCUGUCAAGAAAACGCUCAAUUAUUAAACAAAAAACCACUAUGAUUUAUUGAGAUAAAUAUUUUAUGCUAACCAGAGAAGAAAUACCUGCAAGCACUGAUUUCUUGUCGGUCACAUAGGAACCCGAUUGCUUAAAUCGACCUGUACUAAAUGGCGCAUAAGUAGUGUUACAUUCAUUUCAUAUGAUUUAUGAUGUGCCCGAUGAAUUCGGCUGGAAGUAUUAUUAUAUCAGCUUUGUGACUAUUCAAAACAAGAACACUCGAUCAACGGUAAAUGAUUAUUUGUGGCUAAUAAUUAACGCCGUGGCAAUGUUCGUUAUAGUGCUUACAUUAUUGAUGAAAAGAUUGUUAAUUUAUAAUAUAAUAAUGCAACUGGCGGCUGAUACUAGACAUUCUCGCGAUAAAUCCGUUUCUACAUGUGAACAUAUCACAUGCCUUUGUUACGCGUAGAGAUUCAAGCUUGCUUCCGUCUUUCAGGACUGUGAAAAACUAAAUAUGCAAAACUAUGUACUUGUAUAAUGACUCACAUCGUACAUGCUAACAGAAAAAAAAAGGGUAAUAUUUUCUUAUAAACUUGACUUAUGUUAUAUUGCAAGUGAUUAUUCA